GGCCCGCCCGCCCUUCUAACUGAUGCACAUUCUCAAACGCUCUGCUUUUCCUGCAUUUCGAAUUGAGUUUGGGCAUGAAGUCGCGCAUAUUUGGCGAGCACGUGCGGCACCACAUCACUCCUACUCGCUUCACCUCUGAGGUCUCGCGGUUCAAGGUUCACAUUGGUGGAACGCGUUGAUAAACAAGGAGCCAUGUCUGCGGCGCAGGGGCUUUUGAACAGCGUCUUUUCCUGCUCCUCUCCGGCAUCCAAGGUCAUGACCAAACAGAAGCUACGGCAAACGAGAAGCUUGGACCCCGCUAUCAUCAGACAAUGCGGCACCGGGACCGAAGUCGCAAGUGGGGCGCCGAGCGUCCAGUUGACGGAGGCAGGUGCGUCCUCCACCCAUACUUUAACGCCGAGAGAACCCAUCGGGCCGUCUGUCUCCUCUCCCUCCAUUCCCUUGGACGUGUCUCCGACAUCCAGUUUUCUCUUUGAUUACGAGUUGAAGCGUUCCAAACGGAGCACGACGUCCGGGAGUACCGGGGCGAUCUUCUCGCCUCGGAGAUGGCUCCUCCAGAGGAGGAACCAGACGCCGAGCUCGCAUGCGGACGUUGCCUGGAAGUCAGAGGGUGACUUCACCUGGAGCAGCCUGUCUGGACAAAGUGUGCGUCUGACUCCAGUUGCCAUCCAGAGCCUGUCUGAGUUGGAGAGGGCCCGGCUCCAAGAAGUAGCCUACGCCCGCUUGCACCAAGAUUAUGAUGUCGGUUGCCAGAUUACCGUACCAAAAGAUGGACAGAAGAGGAAAAAGUCACUGAGGAGAAAGCUGGAUUCUUUAUCCAAGGAGAAGAGCAAAGACAGAGAGGGUGUCCCUCAAGCCUUCAGUAUACCCAUCUCGCAGGUCAUCGCGAACGACAGGACGCAUCGGCAGCGUCAGGACAGCUACCGUCACGAUCUGCCGCAACGAGAAGAACACAAGGACUCGUCCGAUCUCGUCUCCUCCAUUCUCCAGUUUGCGACGAAGCGAUCGUCGAAUAAAGAGCUUUCGAGCAGUAACUCUUCAUUGAGCUCCACCUCGGAGACGGCCAACGAGUCGACGUCGCCGAACACGCCUGAAGCCGCGCCGCGGGUCCGCAGACGGGGCGGCAUGUCGGUGGAUUCGAUUACGGAUCUGGACGACAACCAAUCCCGCCUGCUGGAGGCGCUGCAGCUCUCCCUGCCUGCCGAGACGCCCAGUAAGAAGGAGAAGCACAGGGAUAAGCGACUGAGUCUCAACCCUAUAUAUCGCCAGGUGCCCCGAGUGGUAGACAGCUGUUGUCAUCACAUUGAGAAAUAUGGUUUGCAGACAGUGGGGAUUUUCAGGGUGGGAAGUUCCAAGAAAAGAGUUCGACAGUUACGAGAGGAGUUUGACCGUGGCGUUGAUGUCCAUUUAGACGAGGAGCACAGCGUUCACGAUGUCGCUGCCUUGUUGAAGGAGUUCCUCAGGGACAUGCCUGACCCGCUUCUCACCAAGGAACUCUAUACUGCCUUCAUAAACACUACGUUGUUGGACCCAGAGGAGCAGCAAAGUGUCAUGCAGCUUCUGGUUUACCUGCUCCCCGCAUCAAAUAGCGACACACUUCAACGCCUCUUGGAGUUCUUGUCCACCGUGGCAGACCACGCCCAUGACCGGCAGAACAAAGACGGACAGGAGAUCACGGGGAACAAGAUGACUUCCUUAAACUUGGCCACCAUCUUCGGUCCCAACCUUCUCCAUAAGCUCAAAUCUUCCGACAAGGAGUUCAGCGUCCAGAGCUCGGCCCGGGCGGAGGAGAGCACGGCCGUCAUCGCCGCGCUACAGAAGAUGAUCGCCGGCUACCAGACCCUCUUCAUGGUCCCACCUGACCUGCAAAAUGAAGUUUUGAUGAGCCUACUGGAGACAGAUCCCGAUGUGGUGGACUACCUCCUCAGACGGAAAGCGUCACAGAGUAGCGAUUUGCUCCAGUCUGAGGAAACUUUCACCCUGAACGAAUGCCACUCGUCCAGCGACUCCAACAAAGCGUCCAGCGGGGAGGUCUCCCCGUAUGAUAACAACUCUCCUGUCUUGAGCGAACGGAGAGGGGAGGCGGGGAAAACGAGCACUUCGUUGAUGGGGCAGGUGGCGGUACGGGCAGGGGAGUCUCCGACUGACGGCAGGGUAGGACCAGACUGUAUAUCGGAGGAACACGCUAACAUUUGGGGGACGUGGCACACAACUCUCAAACCGGCAUUCAAGGAUCAAACCAAUGCAGGUUCCCAUGGCAACGUGUCUGAGGGAAGCUCCCGCAGCUCGCUGGAAGGACUUGACGGAUUCCCCGCCGAUAGACACCACAUGACGACACCGCCGACGACGAGGACACUAUCCGGCGUGGCUGAGUGCAGCUCCCACCCACCGGUGACCCGCGUGUGCACCAGCCUUCACCCACAGCCGCCCGUCAACCGCUCGGCGCCGGCCGCCCGCUCCGCGUCGGAAUGGAAAGGCUGGGCGAACGCUAACCAGAGCGGCCGCUCCCCUCCCCCUUAUAACGCCCGCCACCGUCUGGCCGCUUGUCAGAGUUCACCUCAGCAGCGGCAAAAGCCAAGUGGCGAGCAUCAAAACUCAGACGGGCCCCCGAAUCCGCACGGUCCCGAGUGGCAGAACUGGCAGAGGGACCGCUGGCAAAUAUGGCAGCUGCUAUCCUCAGACAGCGCAGACUCACUACCGGAGACGCUGGUGUGAAAACGUCACGUUGGAUAGCGAGUGCUCAGCAAAACUCGAUAAUCACACAGCGUCAUCUUUCCACCCCGUCCUUCUGAUUUGCCAGCAUGUUCACGCCGUGGCGUUGUUGUUUACAUGUUCAGCUGCUGCCUUCUAAAGACUUUCAAACAUACAUGAGCCACUACUCAUCAUUCUUUGUGGAUAUUGUUUCACGUAUUUUCAACGACUUAAAGGUGUUAUGAAAUGGAGACCACGUCCAAAAAUGAAAAUGACUGCUCUAAUGCAAUUUUACAUGUAGAAAACUAAUUUGGUCAUCAAAACCAGCAGUUUUUUUUUUUUUUUAGCAUUUCGUAGUCAUUCUUCCCGAAAGCUUUUUCAAGCAAUUCCACUUGUGACAUCACGCCUAGCUAUCUAGUGCUGCAAUAGCUAGGGAGCUAGCACAUCCUGACAGAACAGUCACACGGCAACAUGAGACUAGAAAGCCUAUGCGUAGCAUGCUAGCAGACUGCAAAAAUUUGCUGCCAAUUCUGGGUGUGACAUCAUCAUCUGUUUGGAGAUUUUUUUAGUGGGCGGAGCUAAGAAAGGAAGACUAAUUAGGCUCUAAUUUCAUUAUUAAGGGUUUUCUGCAUGGAGUAGUGAGUCAUUGGUUGUAGCAUUUCAUAGCACCAUUAAGAAUGUUAUUUACGCAGCUUUACGGAAUGUAGAGAACCAUUGGGUGAGGGAAUUCCCAUUCAAAUCACUCAUAAACCGCACUCUCUCAAAGCCUUAUUACAAAUACUCAUUAUUGUUUUUAUUCAAUCAAAUUUGGCAGGCUUGUCUUUUCUUUCACCCACUCAAAAUUUUCAUGAAUUUUGACCGACUGGACAGUCCCUUUUAAGUGCCUUUUCCCCUUGUUAACCUUUUAUAGGUCACAUAUUAGACCAUUAUCUUCAGAGUUUUCUUCUUUUUGCUUUUAAAGGGUUCCCAUUCAUUGACAGUGCUGUAUAUUAGGUUUAAAUAGCGUAAAAAAAAAACAUUAUAAGAGGGUUUAAAGUGCCUGUGACAGGAUAAAAAAAAAAAAAAGUCUUAAAAAGCAUUAUUAUGUGAAUUAAUCAUAUUUUGAAACGAUUCGACUACAUACAACAAUUUGUCAACGUGCAGAUGACUAGAAAUUAGUCUUUGAAUCUGCCAUUUAGCCUCUGCCUGUCAUUAUAGCGCUCUAGCGUCCCCAGCUGGAGGAUGACGUCGGCAGGGUCACGAUUUCAUUUGAUUUAGAAUUCAGCCCAUUUAGGGGAAAAUGAUUCAGAACGAAGAAAAUGCGACAAAGAGAGCCGCAAAAUGUCAUUAUUUCAAUUUCUCCAAUAUUUUUACGGGAUAUUCUUUAACUAAGUAUUUUUUCCCAAUUGCUAAAUAAAUGGAAUGGUCAUGACAAAUAACAGUCUUGUGCAAAAUGGAAUAUGAAAUAUUACAAAUGCAUUUAUUCAGUACGACAUGGCAAAAUUACUGCAUAAUGGUCAAAACUGUCAACUUCUUGCACCUCCCGGACGAUAUUUUAUGCCACCGGCGUUAGUCCGGCUUUUGUCUUUCCCUGCCCCGGCUGAGCGUAAACAAACCAGGAGGGUGACAGAUAGCCGACAUGCUAACCCGAACCGAGCGGCGUUUCUAGGGCUUAUUAUCGUCUUUUGAAGCGAAAAAUCACACAAAAAAACCCUGACUCAUGUCACACGGCGGCGGGGUUGUCGAAUGUUUUCAUCCAUUGACAACCCCCCCAGCGGCGAGUAAAUGACAGCUCGUCCUUCCCCUGCUGAGGCAGGAGAGCUCGUUUGCCGGGGAAGCAGCUGGAGAAUGACCGACGGACAAACCGGCCGAUGUCGGAGGAGCGCGUAGCUGGCCGAGCCCAACCCGAGGAUAGUGGUCUAUUGCCGGGCAUGCGAAGAGGGCAAUAAGCUGAGUAUAGCGCUCUCCCGGCGAGCACGCAAAGAGGACCAAGGGGGUGUGCGACAGGCCACCGGUGGUCGGCUGAAUGGCAUUCUCGGUGGACAAAGAGCACUGUCAGCCACAAAAUGCAAGCCACCUCCGUAUUAAAACGUGUGCCAUGAUCCCAGUAUUUUUCAUAAUACAAAACACAAUGUUUACUCACUUCCUCGUAAGUCCAAUGGUCCCACAGUUGACAGACUUGUUUUGGCCAUUCUCGGGGUGGAGGUUUUUGAAACCCAAAAAGGCUCACAGGCCUUUCCCUGGUGCAGCAACAAAAGCCUGCAACACAUUGGGCUGGCGUGAUGCGAAAAAUAAAGUAAUCUGCAAAAUCAGCUGAAUCCGCCGUCCAUCUGCAUGCUAUAGCAAUGUCUGUAUAUGCGAGAUGGUGACCAGGCUGACGUCACAUUCGCAUUCUUCGUCAAUAUGGGAAGUCCCUCAUUUUCAUGGCGCGGGAAUCGGAAAAAAUUAAUAAAUAUAUCGAUCGCUUCCACACACAUCCGAGCGGUCCAUUUCAUUCAGGAGCACAAAAUACCGCGUGAAAUAUGAAAUAAACAUGCUUUUCUCGUCCUUGGCACUUUAAAUACUCUUAAUUUCAACAAAUUCAAUUGUACAGUGUUAUUGACAGCCAUAUAAUGUAUAUUUCUCAUGGAAAUGCCCCAAAAUCAACAGGAAAUGAUCAAAAAGUGCCACAAAAUAGACAAGGUGACCGAAAAUAACCCAGAACCGAACCCUAAAAUCAACAGGAAGUCACCCAAAAUCAAGCGCAGUCAAUGGGUUAAAGAAUAAAGCUAUUGUUUGAAGAUUCAAUCCUUACAAACCACUAAACUGGUUGUUAAAAAAUAUUUGAGAUGAAUGUAGUCUUUGUAAGACUUCUUUGUUUAUUGAAAAAUUCAGCUCCUAAGUUUGACGCUAUCUUAAGAUGUGCCAAAGUUUGUCUUAUUUUCCCCCAUGUUAAUUCAGGAUAUGCCUUUGUUUUCAUGUGACAAGAAUUGCUUUAGGCAUACCAAGAAUGUUUACAUCACAUUUCAGGAAAGUACCCAUGUUAGUAAAUGGUUUAGACUAGAGAACUAUAAUACACCAAUACGAUACUGCGAGCCUUUGAGGGAAAAAAAAAAAAAAAAAGUUUAAUCUAUUUUAUAUCUGUAUAUAAGUAUAUUUUUGGGGAAAACUUGGUAACAGUGUAAUUAAUUAAGCAUUUCUUCAUUGAUAUUCUUUUAAAUUUACUGAAGUUGUUGUGCCAUUGAUUUAAUGCCUAUACAUCCAAGUAGUCCUGUAAAUGUCGAAUAUCUGUAAAUAUGAAUUUUUACAAUGGACAAUCAGCUUUCUAUUUCAGUUUUGCGGAAACCAAUACAGUGCUGCUUUACUGCCUCAUACUGUGUAUAAGACUUGUGGUGAGUGUUUAAAGGAGCAAUAUAUAAGAUUGGUUGGAAGCUUUGCUGUGCUGAUCGGUAUACGUGAAGCACAAGUACACGCAAUUACACAUUCUUGUACAAGUACAUGCAAGUAGACGUAUUUGUAGCACAAAUACACACGUACUUGUGUAUACUUGUAGUACAAGUACACAUACUUGUAGUACAAAUACAAGCAUGUCUUGUUUGAGUACACACCAAAAUAUGUGCUUUUAGUACAAGUAACUAGUUGAGAACUAUUAAGUACACGUUAUUGUAGUCCAAGUACAUGCAAUUACACCUAUUUGUAGUACAAGAACACGCAAGUACACACACUUGAAUUACAAAUACACAUACUUGUAGUACAAGUACACAUACUUGCGGUUUAAGUACACGCAAAAACAUGUACUUAUCAUACAAGUAAACAUAGCUGAGUACAAUUAAGUACACAUACUCCUGAAGGGAAAAGCCGAAAGGAAAAGAAAACUUGGCGUACAAGUACACACAAUUGUAGUACAAGUAACCCUAGUUGUGUACUAUUAAGUUCACGUUCCUGUAGUGACAUACUUAAAGCACAAGCUCUCCGCAUAUAUGCAUAUCCUAGUCUUAUUUCUUAUCUGGCAUGAGUCAUUUGAGAUAUGUAACGAGUUUUUUUUGUUUGUUUUGCUCUUGUUGGAGGCGACAUCAUUCUGACUGAGUUUUAGCAACCUUUUUAGUUUACGAAAUCUUCAGAGCUCUGGCAACCUGGAGGAAGGCAAAGAACUGAUCUUCUAUUUGGCUGAUUGGUGAAGGGAGGGCGGGACAUCUGUUGUUAACAGAAAAUCAGAACAACUUUUAUUGGAUGACAAUUGACUUUUGAAAUGAGAAAAUCUCAGUUUAACCAAAGAGAACAGAAUUCCAAGUAUUUACAAAAAAAAAUUUUUUUUAAUCGAAAUAUUGGGGCCAUUCAAUAAAAUAAUUGAAGUGCAAAUCUUAUAUAUUGCUCCUUUAAGUCAUUUCCAGUUAAUAGACUAAUAUGUGCAAGUGUGAACAAUUGGAACAAAAUGUAUCAUAGAUUUAGUGUAUAGGAAUAAAGACAACAGCACUUCAGAAUGAAACUCCAAAGCUAGCAAGCCAGCCAACACUCCCUAAGGACUCAAUCACGUGGGUAUUUGCUGGCAAAUAUUUCACAAUUUGUGUUUGCAGAGAUGAAGAAACAAGCGAGUUGAGACUCUGGCGCCACCUAUUGUCAGGCUUUUGGGCUGUUUCCAUCUCUGACAGCCCACUUUCGGCUCUCCAAGCACGUGGAGUGCCUUGAUAAGAAAAAUGUGCAUUUAUAUAAGGGAAUUAACAUACCAUAGCUCAUAGUUAUGGUUCAUAUUUUGUUAAGGACUCAGCUGAUGCGCUUUGCUUUUUGGAGUGUGUUCUACGAAAUGCAGUAUACAUAUUUGGAUUUUUUUUUUUUAAGUUACAAAUUGUCCUUGUGUUUUCUUUUUGUUGUAUGGUGGUUUUACUGGUCCAAUUUGUAAUGCGAUCAUUUGCUAUUUGCGUUUGUUUUUUUUGUACCACUUGAGUGCUAUGUAUGUUAUAAUGGAAUUAAA